AUGGUGAAAUAUAGACCAGAUCCAAGAGGUAUGGACACUGCUGAGCUGAUGAAGUGGCAGCCAACACUCGGACCAUUUAGAAGACUGAACUUUGCAUACACCAAGUAUCGAAUGAUAGAUACAUCUUUGAAAAACACAGGCCAGUUUUUCUUUCUUGUAACCAUAGCUAUGUUUCCUGUGCUUUCUUUCCUUAGUUACUAUACAAUCGAAAAAGGAACCUGCAAGCUUAACCCUGCAAUGCUGAAGCACGCUGAAAGGCCUUUUGAAUAUUUUGAAUGGUCCAGAGACCUAAAAAAGAUUAGAGGAGAGUGGAAUAACAACUUUUAUUGCUGGAGUGAUAACCCAGACUGUGGAAAAGACUACAAGAUCAAAUAUUCUUCUUACUCUUUCCAAUAAUAAGCAAAUUAUUCAGGGUUUUACAUAAAUUUUCAAUUAGAAAAUAUAUUUGAAAUUUGUUUAUUUGGAGGGUUUUCAGAUAAAAAUUGAAAAUGUAAAUUUGGGCAUUACCUCAUAUAAAAUUUGCUAUUGAAAAUUUUGUUAACACUCCUCAAAGUUUGCUUAUUACUAGGACAGUUAG